CUCUACCCCGGCACCGGGGUCUGCUGGCCGCGCGGGGAGCAUGGAGGAGGCAGGCGGCCGCCUGGACGCGCAGUACGAGCGCCUGGCGCUGGACACGGCGCUGAGCACCCUGCUGGCCGUGCUGCUGUACGUGGCGGUGAAGGUGAGCGUGGACAGGCUCCGCCACUGGAGGGCGAGGGUCUCGGUGCUGAUCGUGGGGGCUGGCCCCGUGGGGCUGACGGCCGCGCUGGUCGCUGUCCGCUCGGGCAAGGUGCUGAAGCUGACGCUCCUGGACGAGCGCUACCGGGCAGCCCUGCUCUGCCGACCCCAGCAGAUCGCCCUGCAGUCGCGCAGCGUCCGGUUCCUGCUGGCCCUGGGGGUGGAUUUCGAUAACAUGGAGGGCUGCUGGGACAACGAGCACUUCUUCACCCGCAUCGGCGUCUUCCAGGAGCACCUGCUGAGCAUCCUGGAGCAGCAGAAGUACAGGCAGGAGAUCCGGAUCCUGCUGGGCACCAAGUUCUCAGAUGACUUUAUAAGGAAGAGUUUAGCCUCUGAGUGGCCACAAAUAAUUGUGAUAGCAGAUGGAUCCUGCGGAGAAUCAAGCUCAGUUCUUGGAAUCAGUCCAGAUUACAUUGUGGAAUCCUGUAAUGCUUAUGGAGCAAAUGCAGCUAUUGAGAGGCGUGAUCAGAGACAGGUGCCAACUCCAGAGAUCCGUGCUCACAGUCUAUAUUUUGAUCUCUCUGCUUAUGGAAUGGAUAUAUCUUCCACGGGUAAGGAAUCUCUGAAGCCAGGAUUUCAUCUGAAAAUCUAUGGGACAUUCUGUAAUCGAUACAUGGCUUUGGCAUGUCCAGCUUCUGAUUCCAAAGUUGUUAGAUUUCUACGGCAUACUCUCAAUUCCUCAAUAAUGAAGAACAUAUUCCACCAAUCUUUCAAUGCCUACAAGAUGGAUAUUGAACCCAGGGUGAAUGAAUUGACUCUCCAUCAUGUCCAGUGUAGUAGAAGACUCUUUGAGAUCAUGCUUUCUCAUAGGAGGGUAACAGCAGCCUUCAUUGAGGGGGACAAUGUAGUGGUCACUGUGGAAGGAGAAGCAGCCAGAGUGCUGAAUUUCGACACUGGCUGUGGAGUUAAUCUUGGAUUGAGAGGCUUGGAAUCCUUGGAAGAAUUAAUUUACAGGGUUGCUACAGCAGUGGAUCAGAAUGAUAUCUUUGAAGCACUGUCUGCCAAGAUACGACACUCCAAGCAAGUGUCAGAGGAUUUUAAGCAGAACGGAUUAUUUACCACAGUUUUUGAAUAAACAGGUAGAAGGAAUGCAAUGCAGCCCUGUGGAGAUCUGGGCCUAUUUAUAGGACAAACAAAAUGAGUGGUAACUGCAUAACUCUGACUGCAAAAAAAAUCCAGGACCUCAAAUUCAGCACAGCUAUCUAAAACUUAAAGGGGUGGCUCAACCGUUUUAGGAUCCAAAGUCACUUUCUUCCCCCUCCCCCCCCCCCCGCCCGCCCCAAUGGAGGAACUGAUGUUCUUUUUGCUGAUCCUACAGUCCUUGCUCCAUGGACUAGUCUGAGUGACUUCACUGGGAUGCUCAUGUGAUACCGGGCUGCAGGGUCAAGCCCUUAAUAGGGAAAAAAAAAUUAAGUGGCCUCAGCUUGUCCUCUGAGAUUGUGGUCCAGCUCCUAUUGAAAUUAUUGGCAAACCUCCCACCGAUUCCAGUGGUGCAAGCCCCAGUUCUGCAAUGUGAUGCACAUGGGCAGAUCCUUGGGCCCACAUGGAGCUCCACAGAAGUCACAGCUUAAUCUCAGAUGUCUGGUUGAAGACUCAUGUAUCUAUUUCCUACUCUGGGGUAAUACAAAUGAGAUGAGAGUAAUGCUGGUAGAUUGGGGAAUAAAUCUGGAUCUGGCAAAGGGUUUGGGUGCUCUCUUGAGAGAUGAUGUGUCCCCUACUUGUCAGAAUUUGCAGUUUAAGGGUAGGGUUAAAUUCCCAGCUGCUCUAAGAGAAUCAAGUAGUAGUGGCCAAAACAUCAUUGUAAAGACUGCAACUGUUUCCUUCGGGUAUAAAUUUUGUUGUCAUGGUUCCAGCUAGAGCUGGUCAAAACAUGGAAAAUAAAAUGGUGAAAGAUGUGA